AUGCCUCUAGACGGGGUGAAGAAUAUUGUACUGGUCCUCUCCGGCAAGGGAGGCGUGGGUAAAUCCUCCGUAACCCUCCAACUUGCACUGGCGCUCUCCCUCCAAGGCAAAUCCGUCGGCAUUCUCGACAUCGACCUGACAGGACCCUCAAUCCCACGACUAGUCGGUCUCGAAGGAGAAAAGAUCACACAAUCUCCAGCUGGGUGGCUUCCCGUCUCCGUUCACGAUGCUACCAUCCCACAACCUACAGCAGAAGGCGCAUCAUCUUCAACACCCUCACCCUCGCCCCGCGGUUCGCUCCGCUGCAUGUCCCUCGGCUUUCUCCUCCGCGAUCGGGGCGACGCUGUCAUCUGGCGCGGACCCAAGAAGACAGCCAUGAUCCGCCAGUUUCUCUCGGAUGUGGCAUGGGGCUCAACGGAUUACCUACUCAUCGAUACGCCGCCCGGUACCAGUGACGAGCAUAUCGCGCUAGCGGAACAACUCCUCACCCUCUCGACGGCGGACGCGAACCUCGCAGCGCAGAAUAAUAUUCCCCGGUUAACGGGUGCGGUGCUCGUGACGACUCCACAGGCCGUUGCGACGUCGGAUGUGCGCAAGGAAGCGAACUUCUGCGUUAAGACGAGUAUACCUGUGUUGGGAGUGAUUGAAAAUAUGUCCGGGUAUGCGUGUCCUUGCUGUGGAGAGGUGAGCAAUCUCUUCUCCAGCGGCGGUGGCGAGGUUAUGGCGCAGCAAUUGGGCAUCCCGUUCCUGGGUAAAGUGCCGGUGGAUGUUAAAUUUGGUGAGCUUGUUGAAGGGAAGAUGGAAACUGCUAGUGAUGAUGAGGAUGAAGAUGAAGACUCGGCGCAAGAAGUGCAGCCUCCUGCUGAGCCGGAUCUUCGCCCUCUUGUCGAGCAAUAUAAAGAUGGAUGGUCUUAUCCGCGGUUCGAAGAAUUCGCGAAGACUAUUGUUGGAUGUGCGCAGGGGACGAAUGGGGCGGUGGCUUAA